AUGGGAGAUAUAGUUACAUCCAUAAGCAAGUUGGAAUCAUGUGGUAAACUCCUUUCUCAAACCGAAAAGAACCCAAAUGUCAAUGUGGUGACCUUGAGAAGUGGCAAACAAACCGGAGAAAAUAGUUCGAAGAAGAAGCCGAGGGAAGAAGAGGAAGAGAUAGAAUUUAUUCCCGUUGAAGUACCUAUAGUCAAGAACGAUGCACAAGCCGGAGUUCCAAAGAAGACUACCCCUCUAGUGACACCAAUAGCCAUUCAACCACCGUUCCCUUCCCGAUUUGAAACUUCAAAGAAGAAUAUGGAGGAGAAAGAGAUCCUGGACACCUCCGAAAGAUAUGCAAAAUUCUUGAAGGAGAUUGGCACCAACAAGAGAAAUUUGAAAGGAAAUGAGAAAAUCUCAAUGAACGAAAAUACAUCUGCAGUUUUACAAAGGAAGCUUCCACCCAAGUGUAAAGAUCCCGGAAUGUUCACGGUCCCUUGCAAGAUUGGAGAUGUCACUUUUAGUAGUGCUAUGCUUGAUCUUGGUGCCUCUAUCAAUGUCAUGCCCUACUCGAUGUAUGAAUCAUUGAAUGUCGGACCCAUAAGUGAAACCGGUGUCAUAAUCUCUCUUACGGAUAAAUCAAGUGUCUUUCCUACAGGUGUUUUGGAAGAUGUCCUAGUGCAAGUAAACCAAUUGGUCUUCCCGGCGGAUUUCUAUGUAAUUAACCUAGAUGAACAAGUAUCCUCAAAAUCGGGUAUAAUCUUACUUGGGAGACCAUUCUUGAAGACGGCUAGAACAAAGAUUGAUUUGUAUGCAGGAAGCUUAACAAUGGAAAUUGAUGGUGAAACAAUAAGUUUUAACAUUUAUGAUGCUAUGAGGUAUCCUAGUGAUGUUUCAUCUUUGUGCUUUAUAGAUUUUGUCGAACCAUUAAAUCAAGAAUUGUUCGAGUUGUGUGAUGAUGACAUGUUGGAGAUGGUUUUGAGCAAGGGGUUUGGUUGUGCAAAAUAG